AUGAUACCAUUAAUUUUUCUUACAUUUCUCUUCGCGCUGCCUGCGGGUACAUUUGGAUUACCGACAGACGUUGUUCCGGUUUCCGGUCAGACCAUCUCCCUUCUAAGAAGGAACCAAUCUCCUCGAGAUGUCACCGAAUGGGGCGCUUUGGCGAAGAGUCAGAGGGACAAUUUAAUAGCAAAGUAUGGCAGCCCGAAAACACAGAAAAGAAGCACUGGUUAUAAUCUGAUCGUCGAUCAGCUGGAUGAUUCUAGCUACUAUGGUUCACUGGCUAUUGGUACGCCUGCGGUGUCCUUUGAUAUCAUAUUAGACACGGGCUCUUCUGAUCUCUGGGUCGCCAGUUUUUCUUGUGGAACUUCAUGUGGGUCGAGUCCUACAUACGAUCCAUCGUCUUCAUCAACCUUCCAUAACCUCUCUACGCCAUUCAAUAUACAGUAUGGCUCGGGCUCUGCAGAUGGCUAUGUUGCACAGGACACAGUGCAAAUGGCGGGAUUCUCCGUUUCUACUCAAGGUUUUGCUGUCGUUGACGCGGUGUCAACAAAUUUGCUGAUAUCACCGGUCUCUGGCCUACUUGGUUUGGCAUGGCAAUCCAUAGCAAGUUCAGGUCAGAUGCCCUUAUGGCAAACUUUGGCCUCCGGUAAUGCUUGGGACUCAGCUCUUUUUGCUGUUCAGCUCACUCGGUAUAAAAAUGAUUCCACCGCCCAGCAACUUGAGCCCGGAGGAGUCCUUAAUAUGGGUUACACAAACAGUAGUUUGUACACUGGCUCGAUUGAUUACAUCGAUAUUCCCGGAACUCCCUCAUUUUGGUAUAUACCAUUGAUUUCAAUGACUGUGCAAGGCAACUCCGUCUCUAUUACUUCAAGAUCAACUGCUGCUAUCGACACUGGCACGACCAAUAUAGCCGGUCCGGCCAGCUCAAUUGAAGCCAUUUACGCACAGAUUCCCAAUUCACAACCAGCCACGGGUGAAUGGGAAGGAUAUUAUAGCUUCCCAUGCUCGACGACUGUAAACGUAGAAGUGUCGUUCGGUGGCGCCACGUGGUCGAUGAGCCCAGCAGAUUUUGCCUUCACACAAACCAGCUCAACAGAAUGCAUUGGUGCAUUCUUUGAAGCAAGUACUGGUACUGGGACCCCCUCUUGGAUCUUCGGCGAUGCUUUCCUGAAAAAUGUGUAUUCUGUCUUCCGAUAUAAUCCCCCUUCGAUUGGCUUCGCCAACCUCUCAAGUAUCGCAAUCGCUGAAAAUGGCGCUGGGGGCACCGUCCCUUCCGCGACCAUCGGUACAGCAUCUGUAUCGGUCACCAACACAAGCGAUGCCCCACGCGGACACGCACUGAGUGUAUCAUUGUUUACUCUUCUCUUCCUAGCUUUCUCAGCAGUGCUCCUCCUUUAA